CCGUCCAGAGGACGCCAUUAUACACGUGUUAUAACGGGUGGACAGUCUGAUUCCGUUAGCACAUCCGGACUCCGUGACUUUAGCCCUUCGAACCGUCGUGUACUCUUCCGUUCGAGCAGCUUGUGACAUUUUUUUCUGUUGCUACAAGAUGUUUACUUGCAUUGACCGUGCGUAUUUUGAUGAAGAUCCGGACAAUUCCACGUGUAAAAUCGCCAUGAAUCUGAGAAGGAGGCAACAGUAACUGGAAGGUACCCAUAGCACUUUGACUCCUGUAAAGGUGUCAUGGACGAUGAAGAGCGCCUUGAAGGCGAGGAGGAAAUGGAGCUGGAUGAUGCCUCUGAUGGUGAAGAUGAAGACGAAGAGACUACAGGAAUUCCUGCUUCACCAGCAAAUUCAGAUCAAUUGCUGGGUCCAGCUCCUUCCCUUGGUAACCUUACUCCUGAAGAAGCAUUUCCUGACCCUUUGCGAUACCAAAAGUUUCCACUGCCUGGUGGCAAGCCACUAAGUAUAAGGCGUGGCCCAGGAAGACCAAGGAAAGAACGUCCAUACGGUAUCACCCGUGGUGGAGGUACUAGAAGAUCUUUUGGUAGAGGUACAACAAGGGGUAAAGGGCUUGGGUAUAUGAGAGGUAUGCCACGUAGGACAAAAAGUAAAGAUGAUGAUACCCAUUCCGAAUCUCCAAGUCCUCUUCGUAUCGGUGAAGACAGCACACCUGACGGGGAAGGAUUGAAUACAGAAAGAUCUAUGCCUGCUCCAGAGGAACCACCAUACUUCCCAGAACAAUGGCCAGGAAAAGUUUGUGCUCUAUGCAAUUUGAGUGAACGAAGUCAGUUGGGUCAAGGCGAAUUACUAAGAUUAUCAUGCCCUGAAGGUUUCACUCCUGAAAAAAAUAUAAAUCGGGAAGAAACGACUGAACAACUCAUGGAUGUUUCUGCUGGUGAUAAAAGUCCCCGUGCAGUAGGUCCAGGUGCUGUUACCUGUCGCAGGCAAAAGAGUUUGGCUAAGUGCAGAAAUACUAGUCUUACCAACUUUACGGAACCAGUAGAGGAAUUAACUAUAGUUGGAUUUUUGGAAGAGCCAGAAAUAGGAAUAUUAUUUGAACAAACAGGGCAUUAUUAUGUUCAUCAGUCUUGCGCGAUCUGGUCGAGUAACAACCAAGAUCUCGCAACUGAUCUCAUCAGCCCUGCAAUAGUGCAAGCUUCAUCUCGGCGGUGUGCUUAUUGUUCUCAUUAUGGAGCUGGAAUUGCUUGUAAAGUGGCAUCGUGCAAUCGUUAUUUUCAUUUACCAUGUGCUGCAGCUUCAAGUUGUUUCCAAGAUACAAAAACUUUAUCACUUUUUUGUAGCCAACAUUUGGGACAAGUUCCAUUAUUGUUAAACGGUGAUGUCACUUGUAUGCAGUGUUUUGGAAUGGGAGAUGUUUCUAACUUAGUAAUGUGCUCUAUAUGUGGACAACAUUAUCAUGGUAGUUGUGUUGGUUUAGCACUUCUACCAGGAGUACGUGCUGGUUGGCAAUGUGUAACCUGUCGUGUGUGUCAGGUUUGUCGUCAACCAGAAGAUGUUUCGAAAGUAAUGUUAUGUGAGAGGUGCGAUAAAGCGUAUCAUCCUGGUUGUUUACGACCUAUCGUUACAUCAAUACCUAAAUAUGGUUGGAAGUGUAAAUGCUGUAGAGUAUGUACGGAUUGUGGCUCGCGUACACCCGGCGCAGGAUUAUCAUCGCGUUGGCAUUCUCAUUAUACUGUUUGUGACUCGUGUUACCAACAAAGGAACAAGGGUUUUUCUUGUCCACUUUGCAGAAAAGCAUAUCGAGCAGCUGCAUAUAGAGAAAUGGUACAGUGCAGUGCGUGUAAAAAAUUUGUUCAUGGUACCUGUGAUCCAGAGGCUGACCCAUUGACUUAUCAGCAUCGCAAGGAAGCCAAACCUGAUUAUGAAUAUGUUUGUCUUCAUUGUAAAAAUAUGGCUAUUGUAAAAAGAAAAGACAAUGUUGAUGAUUAUACAGGUGACUUUAGCCUCAGCGCAUCGCAAGAGAGCUUGUAUGGAGAUGGAGAUUCGUCCGAGGUCGAUUAUCAAGGAAGUUCGGAAGAGGCAUUAUAUUCCAUUGGUCUUGGAAAAGGAAAACCCUUCUGUGCGUCUAAAAUUGCUAAAAAGAGAUUAGGCCUAGGAGGAGCCAUGAUAGGUCGACCGAAAGGCGUGGGUAAACUGGGCUAUCAAAAACGUCAGAAGAUGAAUGAAUUUGGCAGAAAAAGAGGUCCCAAAGCCAAGAUGAGAGGUAUUUUUGGAGUACCAGGGGUAGGAUUGCAGAGACCAAGUUCAGAUUCUUUUUCGAAAGAAGAUGAGCCAGGCGUAGAAAACAGAUUAGUAUUAUGCUCUGCAAAAGAUAAAUUUGUAUUAACUCAAGAUAUUUGCGUUAUGUGUGGUGCGAUAGGAACUGAUCAGGAAGGAUGUUUAAUUGCUUGUGCACAAUGUGGACAAUGCUACCAUCCUUACUGUGCUAAUGUUAAAGUUACUAAGGUAAUAUUACAAAAAGGUUGGCGGUGCCUUGAUUGUACAGUAUGCGAAGGUUGCGGUGAAAGAAAUGACGAAGGUCGCUUAAUAUUAUGCGAUGAUUGUGAUAUCAGUUAUCAUAUCUAUUGUAUGGAUCCACCGUUAGAUUACGUGCCUCAUGGAACAUGGAAAUGUAAGUGGUGUGCACAGUGCCAAACAUGUGGUUCAAAUGAUCCAGGAUUUAACAGCAGCUGGCAAAAAAAUUAUACUCAAUGUGGUCCAUGCGCUUCUCAUACUGCAUGCAUAUCUUGUCAAGAAGCAUAUAACGAGGGCGAUCUCAUAAUACAGUGCAUUCAGUGUGAGAGAUGGUUACAUUGUGCAUGCGAUUCCAUUAAAUCGGAAGCAGAUGCAGAAAAAUGUGCCGAGGAAGGAUAUAUUUGUAUACUUUGUCGUCCGAGAGACAUACUCCCGCCACAUCUUUUGUGUAACCAAUCUAAGCUCCAACCAAACAAAUAUUCUCGUUCGCCACCUCCAACUGUGCGAAGCCCUGAAUUAUACAAACCGUCUUCUCAACAGUAUUUAGUAGAUGGUGUAUAUUUAUCCGAGGCUGGUAUGAAUCACAUUAAAUCUUUAACAUCGGAACAUCAACAAACGAGGAAAAAAAGAAGAAAAAUGCUUCCCCUGAUAGAUAAAGAGGCAGACAUUAUGGCCACGAUAGAAUCUGUUGUGGCUGGUGGUAGUUUAGACAAUUCGUUAGAAGAUAAUGGAAAAUUGGAUCUAGUAGAUGUUAAAGACGAACCUACUGAGGUACUUAAAGAAGGUAUGGUAUGGACGCCACGUGGAGAUCAGCCGCCACCGGAAGGAUUCAGUAUUUAUACGACUGAAAAUGGCAUACCAGUUUUAAGACGCAAACGCCAGCGUAACUUACAAAAGCUUGGCAUUGGUGGAUUCAUUGUCAGAAUAAGAGGUACUCGUAAGGAUAAAGAGGAGGAAGGGGAUCCAGAAAAAAUAGCAGAUUCAGUAAUGGGAAUGGCAGAUGACAAACCACGUAGAAAACCACAGAGGCGAAAACCAAAGACAAAAUUAUCCGAAUGUUUUCCACUCUAUAUGCAAGAAGCAUUCUUUGGCAAAGACCUUAUGGAUACUACCAAAGAUAAAGAUCUUGAAAGUAGUAGCGAGUCCGAUGGUGAACGCAACGUUUCUGCUAAUGCAGAUACUAUUCAAUUAUCGCAAGAUGAAUUGAAGGCAAUGGAACAAGUUAAAGCUAAGCAAGAAAAAGAGGAAGAUAAAUUGCCGGUAGAACAGCCAAUAAAACGAGAAGAAAUGAUGGAUGACGAUGGCAGCGAUACCGAAGCACUUGGUGAUAUAUUACCAAUUUCUGGUGACAUACUUGAUAGUGAACUUGUAAAUACUAUUAUGAAUGAACCAGAUGAAGAAUUAGCUAAAGCUAGCGAAGCUUUAGAUGAAUUAGAUGAUACGCAAGGUACUUCUAAGGAUGAAUUAACAGACAUUCUUAGUCCACAUUUUAAUUUGGAAUCAAUGGUCAGAGAUAUUGGUUUACCCAAUAUGGAUAGUAAAGAUAUCGAAGAAAUAUUCAAAGGAGUUCUUACGGAUGAAUCGCAAGAAUCGCAAGAAUCAUCGGUGUUUUCUGUUCAAGCUCAACCUCCACAUCCAUCAUCUUCCACGACACCUCUUGUUUCACCUUCACCACAUCCUGGUAUGCAAACAGCUUUACCUCUUGCAAGACCGCAAGUACCUGGUACAUUACCUCCAGUUGGGCAAUCAAAUUUAAAUUCUCCUAUGAGUUUUCCACCACCAUCCCCGUAUCAUUCGGAAUAUAGCAAUAGUCCACAAUUUAGUCCAGCAUUCUCAGAACCACCGAGUCCUUGGGUAAAUCCUGAAGACGAAGGAAGUGCUCCAGUGAGUGGUGCCGCGAUAUCUUACAACCAAAGAAGUAAUCUUAAAAUGGAGGCUGAUGAAGCAUUAGGUACUGGAGCAACAAUAUCUUCAGUACUUUAUGCUAAUAUUAAUCAUCCAGAAUGGAAAACGGAAUAUCCAGCUUGGUCUGAAAGGUGUAAACAAAUUUUAAAAAAGUGGCGUGCUCUACCUAACGAAAAGAAAGCUCCUUAUCUAACUCAAGCACGAGAUAACAGAGCAGCAAUUCGUAUGAAGAAAACGCAACAGAUAUCCAAGGAAAUACCAAGCACGACCCCAGUCACUGCAUCAAGCGCACCUACCAUCAUCACCAAACCUGUCACUGCUAUGACAUCAGCUCAAGUUUCUCCAGUAGUAGCUAUGGCCUCCAACCAAAGGCAAAUUGGACUUUUGACUUCAGUGAGCAGUGAAAAGCCGCAAGAAAAGAGUGGAAUGUCCGUAUCUGCAACAGGAGUGACGGUGCCAACAGCUAGCAGUAAUCAUCAUGCGGAGGUGUGUGCGGUGCAGGGACCGCCGAAGCAGCUAACAUCUAUUUCCCCAAGUCCUUCGCCAACUUCCACAACCCCGUCUUCUUCACCCAGACCCAGUUCUGUCAAUUCUAUCAGUUCCAUUAACAGCCUGGCGCACCAAGAGAUUACGGGUGGCCAGGCUAGAGUAGCUCAGUCGCCAGCCACGCCUUGCACAUCAGCAACUGCUUCUUCUUACUGCAACACGGGCGCCGGUGAAGGGCAGCAUCAAACGUCACCAUCCCAACAACGUCCUACACCUUCUCAUAUUACGAUCAGUACCAGUACUGUCUCUAACAGUCUGGCUAUUCCUCAGGCAUCCCCCACUGCUAACGUGAUGGUGGGGGCAGCUCCUGCCCGCCAAUUAUCCUCGGUAGACCACCAGAUUAGAGUGCUCACCCCAUCUGAAAUCAUGCGCACCCUCCCCUCCUUGAGCCAGGAGCACUACGAUCCGCCACCCACUGCAAUUAUUCACACUGUACCUGUACAGACCCCGGCUAUGGAACAAGAAAGACUUUCCAACAGAGACCGUUCUAGUAGAGAAGCAGAACAGGAACGUCAGUGGAAACAACUGCAAGCUCUACGUCAGCAACAAGCACAGAUUCAACAACAAGUAAUUCAAGAACAACGUGUACAUGCUAUAGCCAGAGUGCAUAGACAAAUAAACGAAGAUAACACAUCACAAUUAAAUACUGAUAAUCCAACAGGAUUAACAACACAACUUCAAGUUUCAACAUCACAGGAGGGAAAUCAUUUAGGACCACUUGCAUCCCCAUCCCCCGGAUCACGUGGUACCUUUGCAACACCUCCAGUUAAAGUAACAAGAGGGGUAGCUCCACCAAGUCCUCAUCAAGGUAUACCGCCUCGUGCUCAACCUUGUGCAACGGUUACACGUCCAGUUGGAACCGUGGUCAGGCCAGGCAUGCCAAACAAUUUCACACAACCACCUUCUCCAUUCUCACCUCAAGCUCCUCAAUCUCCCCAUGAUUUUCCUCAGUCUCCUGCAUCCUCUCAGUCUCAAGAUCAUUUUCAACGCUUCGACACAAACGAAGCUUUCUCUCAGGCUUCCCAAACACCUAGGUCACAAAUAUCUGGUACACCUUCAUAUUCUACAUCACCAAGAAAUGAAGUGUUCUCACAACCACCAGGUACACCAAGACCAAUGUUUAAUCCACCCACACCACGACCCACUACUCAUGUAUAUGCUCCAUCUCGUACUCCUGAUCCCUAUAGUAAUCAACCACCAACACCAUCACCUGUUCCAAAUUACCCCUCACCAAGAUCAGAAUCUCGGCAAGAAUCGCAACAGCAAGAAGUAUUCAAUCAACAGCCAGAAGUUAACAGGCAAUUGCGCGAUCUUCUCCAAAGGCAACAAUUUAAUAAGAAAAUUGAAUCUGUUAAUGCUUCUUGGAAUCCAGAUGGACAAAAUAAUUCUGAUGGAAAUCAGGGACAAUUUGAAACAGGUCAUGUGCAGCUUCCGCAACAUUCUCAAUCCAAUAACAAUACUGGAGAAGGUACAUUUAGGCAUCCACUUCCACCAAGUGUCGUAAGACCACGGAUGCCACUUCAACCAAAUGUUUUAAUAAGGAAUUCAAUAGGAAUAACUUCGAGACAUCCUGUAAACAUGGAUGCGAGACUUCAAGCUAUUGAUUCACGCGCUAGAAUGUUAUUACAGCGACCACAGGUUAAUGCAAGUAUUCCACAACAGCAUUUUCAAGGUACGCAACCUUUACAAACUCGGAUGCCAACCGCUAGAAAUACACUUCCAGAAUCUUAUGACGUACUACAGCAACAAAGAUUUCCAGAACCAAGUCAAGGACAAGCUCUUGGACAGCGUAUGGUACGACCAGGUCAAGAUAAUUUAACUCAAGGAAUGCGUAUGCUAGGAACGCAAGGAUUGGUUAGACCAACUCUUAUGCAAUCGACUGUUAAUGAAACUACUAGCACUCCGGAAGCGUCAGAAAUUCCAUACAAUGUAACUGCCGAACUUGAGAAAUUAGAACAAGAGGAAGGAGCACCAAUGGUCGAGGUCGAGGGCGUGAGUGCAAUAUUAGGUGAUUUAGGUGACGACGAUGAUGAACUCCUUGCUGAAAUGGGUGCAGAUUUUAAUAUUUUGGAAUAUGCAGAUCCCGAAUUAAAUAAUAUAACUGGAGGUGAUAAAACUAAUAUUCUCGACUUAGAAUUGGAACAAGUUGAGGUAGAAACGAAAGAAGAAAAGCAAAAGAAGGAGUCUAAAGAAGAAGAGCACAAAUCGGAAGAUUUAGCUGGAACAGGUAGAGUACUCACUGGUAUCAGCGAAAAAUGUACAGUGAGCACUGUACAAACAUCGACUGAUACAACUACUGUACCGACACAAGUACAAGCAAUGACAUCUUUAAGUGCAACUCCACAAGCACCUCAACAACAAUCGGCAAUUUUACCACAAUCGCAUCCUCAAGCUGUUGUUGUACAACAACAAAUGCAUCAGCAUGUACAACAAGCAGCGGCAAUGGGACGACCUAUGCCUCCAGGAACUCGAAUAUUAUCUCCUGAUGGAGCUGUUGGUGUCGUUACAUCGACCAAUACAGUUACCGUCAGCUAUCCUUCCACAUUUCCUGGACAUCCUCAAAGAGUACCACAAACACAUAUACAAGUUGCUCAACAACAACGUCUUGGUAUGAGGGUUGCUGGAGUCCAAAAUGUGGCUGGUCGCGUAGUAACAGUGAACCAUAUGAUCGGACCACGUUUGCCACUUGCACCUCCACCACCGCCGCCCCCUCCACCACCACCGUACCCUGGACCACCACCACCAUACCCUGGUCCUAUACAGAUGGGGCUGUGCCCAGGUGGGCGGGGCUUGACGCGGCCCCCAGUUCAUAUAGGGCACGCAGUGCCAGUGGCUGGUCCACCAAUGGCCCCAGUGGUUCAUUCUGGUGCGCCUGCAAUGGCACCUCACCCUCAUCGAAGACCCUUGCUUCUGCAGUCAUGUUCACAGGAGCAACCGUUGCUAUUAGAGGAUCUUCUGGAACAAGAGAAACGAGAGCAAGAAAAGCAACAACAACAACAACAGCAGCAACAACAACAACAAGUUGACAAUACAACUCCUAGUGGAACUCUUUUAAGUGAUAGUGAUUUCGAGAGACUGAGAGCAGACGUUUUAGGCUCUGCUCCGUUAGCAUCCCCUCCUCAAGGAAUGGUACCAGUGCCUGGUGGAAUUCCUGUUAUUAGACCACCAUGUACACCAAGACCACCAUCUGCACCAGGAAAAAAUUGGCCGCAAGCAGUUCCAGACGCGGCAAAGCUUGCAGUUCAAGUACCCAGACAACCAAUCGCAACGCAAACACCACCUGAACCAAGAGUAGCUACAUUCAAUAUACCUCAAAUACCAGCACCACCGACUCCACCAGAAAACAUAGUAAACGAACAAGAUCGUCAAAUGCAACUCCAAUACGAACAGUGGUUAAAUCACCAACAUCAAGUAUUAACACAACAAUUAAAAUAUUAUGAAACGGAAGUUCAAAAGCUGCGCAAAGUAAGAAAAUCUCUUAAUAGCAAACAACGACAACUUCGGAAAUCAGGAAAUGAAUUAACCGAAAACGAUGCUGCCGAACUUCAAAGAAUUUCGAGUGAGCAAGCAAUAUUGCAGAAACAUUUAGAUGCUAGCCGAAAGCAAACGAGACAACAUGGAAUGUUAAUACAAGAAUAUAAUACUAAACAACAACAAAAACAAUCCCAACCGCAGAACAGUGAACCUUGUUCACCGCUGAUGUCUCCUUCCCAACAUUCACCGAUGCAUAGUCCAGCUGCACUUGUUUCUCAAAGUCCAGGCCCUGGAAGUGUUUCUGCAAAUAUGAUACAACAUUCACCAGCUACGCCGAUCAUACAACAUAGUCCUAAUCCACCAUUGUUGCAACACAGUCCAGGUAAUCCACAAACAGCAAAUCCAGGAACGAUGUCUCCUCAUAAUAUGCAACAAUCUCCAAGGAUAGGGACGCCUCAUUCGCAAGGCGAAGAGAGUCCUUUCAGUCCAGGUGCUAUGUCGUCACCAGGAAUCUGUGGCCCAUCAGCUACUAGAAUGACUUCGCCGCAACAUCGCGCGGUAAUAACAGGACGACAUGCUACGAGUCCAGGUUCUUUUACAACGGAAGCACGAAACACCCAACAAAUUAUUGGAGAUCAAGGAGUUAGAGUUCAUGCACUUUCUCAAAGAUUCGUUCGUCCGCCGGUAAUAGGAGAACCUGGACAAAGACCAAGAAUGCAAUUACAAGGAGGAAUAGUGUAUGGUCAACGUUCUCCACUUGGAAGUCCUCAACCCAAUCAACAAUCAUUGAUGACUCAACAACAGCAUCAACAAAUGUUACAACGACAGCAAAUUAUGCAGCAACAGCAGCAACAACAACAACAACAACAACAGCAGCAGCAACACGAUACAAAUAACGUUACUCAAGACGGGCAAAAUACUAUAAGUCAACGUACUUUACAAAUGGCACAACAAAGGCAACAAAUAUUGCAGCAACAACAAAGGCAACAACAAUUUCUACAAAUGCAACAACAACAACAACAACAACAACAACAACAACAUGGAGCUACGAUGCAAAAACCUCCAAAUUCUCCUAUGGUAUCUCAGCCUGCAAAUUCACCAAGUCCACAGCUCCAUCAACAAAUAUCGCAAAAUUAUGGACAACCACCGAGCUCACCAAUGCCACGUAGUCCUAUGGUACAACAAACGAUGGGUUCACCUAUGCUUCAACAACAAUUAAGUCAGACUUCUCAACCACCGAGUCCAAUGAAUACAAGAAUGCAUACGCAUCCCCCCACUUCUCCAAUGGUUUCUCAAUGUCAACCACCUAGCCCCAUGGCUCGUAAUCAUCCGUCAACGUCACCAAUGUUACAACAUCAGCUUAAUAAUUCACAUCAUCCACCACCAUCACAAACACCAAAUUCUCCAAUGCCACGUAGUCCAAUGGUUGGUGGUUCUCCAAUGCAAAUGCAAAGACGACAAUCUACUGGCAAUAGUCCAGCGAUGCCCGAUAGACCACAAAGUGUUGAAAAUCCGGGAACGCCAAGAACACCACAUACUCCUCAUACACCACAUGCAGUUUAUGCCCCUCAAAAUUCAGGUAACGCAGUAAUAUCGAAUGAUCAACAACAACAACAGCAGCAGCAGCAACAACAACAACAACAACAACUUUCUCAACAUCAGCAUCAACAACCAGUAUCACAGCCGGAACAAACAUCUGUAGAUCAUACAAAUAGAGGAGGUGGAAAUCCACACAAUCCAAUAAAUCCAUUACCAUUCAUACCUAACUUUGGAAGAUAUGGAUUUUUUAAGCUUGGUCUAAGAGGUGGUUCCCCAAUGUGGUCAACAAAAGCAGAAUCUAGUAAGGGUAAAACUGCAGAGUCUCAUCUGUUGAAUAUGGAUGAAAAACCUAAUACAUCAGUUGUACAUAGAAAAACAGGUAUACCACCGUCAAAAAUUAAUUCUUUAGUUUGCGCGGAUUAUAAUGAUUUCGACGAUGAUUCUCAUACGCCACCUCAAACGCCUCCAACAUCUACAGAAUCAAAACAGACGUCUUCGUUACCUGAUAAUGGUCCAUUACAGUUAGGAAGCCCAAGUGAUAAACUUGAACCUAUACCUGAUACUACUGAUUACGACGAUGAUAAGACGAUAGUUAACACCGAGGUAACAUUAAGUUCAACGGCCCAACGAGAUAAUGACGACAUUACUGUCAUAGAACAAUUUGGAGAUACAGAGUUAGUAGAUGUUAUAUCAGGUACACUUGACGGAGACAUGCAAGAAGAAUAUGUGCUUUUUGAGCCUGGGAUGGUUGUAGAUUUAUCUGCUGAUAGUAACGACUCUCUCUGUCAUGCACUUGUUAAUGAUGGUAGUCAAGGACAUGACUUGGUACAAAUUUUGGAAAUUGAAAAUCCGGAAUCUCAAACUGAUGAACCUAUAUUAAGCGAUGAAGAUCUUGUGCCUUCGCAUACAAGAAAUAAAAAAGGCUUAAGACUGGAUAUCGUAAGAACGCUUCAGUCUGGAAAAAGGUUGUUGGCAGUAACAGAUACACCAGAGUCACCUGAUCAAGACGAAUUACGUGUAGACCCAUCACCUGGACCAUAUAUGGAUCAUUCACCGGAUCAAGAUCUUAUGGUAUCUUUGGAUAGUGAAUCAGAAGUUGUUAUUAUUGAUCCUAGUACGAAAUCACCUGAAGAUAAUUUCUCUAAAGAAUCUUGCGAGGAAGAAAACGAUAAAAUAGAUACUACAAACAAUUUAGAUGUACCUAAAGAAAAUAUUAUAAAGGAAUCUUCAAAUGAGGAUCAAUCAGAAUCUCAAAAAGAAACUAAACAAACAAAAAGCCCAACGGCAUUUACGUUUCCAGAAAGUGUAUCGUACAGUCAAAUUCCGCCUUCCAGUUUACAACAGACAAAUAUUGGCUUACCUGUUAGCUGUUUAUCUACAAUUAUGUUUACAACGACUAGUACGACAACCGAAACAAAUGCCAUAACAGUAUCGUCAACGAUAUUAACAUCGGAUACAACUGCUAAAUCAUCUGCAACAUUUCCGACUGUAUGCGUGACAAAGGAACAAGUAACAAGUGCGCCAAAUUCUCAAAGACAAACUACUUUAUCGUCAAAUAUGGCAAGUAUUGUAGCAGAUGCUAAAAUAGCAGCUAAACUUAGCCAAACGGUUUUAGAAAAUAUAGCAGUUACUUCGCAGCAAGCCACACCUGAAACUAAGACACUACCGAAAGUAACUUCAUCCAAUACAGAAACGUCAACAGCAUAUAUUGUAACAACAGAAAAAGUAUCAACGCCUAACACGCAGUUUGAAUAUACAAGUUUUGUACAGAAUGUGAGCGUGAAUACAACAGAAGCAACAAGUAAUCCUACGAAAUUAGUAUUAAGUGUUCAGCCUACAUCAGUUACUUUAUCAACACCAAAAAUGUCAAUACCUGAUCUACCUAAAAAAGAUAUUGUCGCAGUUACUUCAAAAGAGGAUAAAAAUGAAUAUACUGGGAAUACUGGAAAAGAAAAUAAUGAAAGAGAUGAAACGGAUAAUGCAGAAAAGAAUCAAGAAAAAGAUAAUCUUGUUUCAAAAGUAGAUACUAAUUCAGCCGCAAUUCCAGAUACAAUAGUAUCGGAUGAUAAGAAAAAUGAUCCAUUAAAUACAACAGAUGAAUUAGAAAGUAUGUUAGAAGCUAUUCAUAAUCCUGCUGAAAAUAAUAUGACUGGGAAGAAGAAUGUACAUCCGGAUGAAAAAUCAAAUGUCUCCACAUUGAAAAGAAUGUCGCCUGUUGCUGAUGAUUUGUCUCUUGUAAAUAUUUUAGAAAAUGACGCUGAACCAGCUGUUGAAAAUGACAAUAAACAAGAUGGGACAGACACAGAAGUAUCAAAAGUAGAUAAAACUAAGGAGGUAGUAAAGCAAGCUAUUAGCGAAACAAGCAACGCGGAUACCGGCACGAAUCAAAUUAUAAGCGAUAUCAAUCAAGAAGAACAUAAAGAGAAUAAGGACAAUGUAUCUUGUACAGAAAUAGAAUCUAACAAACCAUAUUUACAGCAUUGUCUGAACGAAGAAAGAAAUUUAAUGGAAGAGUCAUCAGAUGAUAUAUUAGAUAUGCUUCACAAUAUAAUAUCUUCUAAACCAGAGAUGGCAAAUACCGAUAUUCUUCAUGAAGAUAGAUCUAGAAAAUCGAGUCUUAUAUAUCAGUUACCAACACCAUUGGAUACAUUGCCUCUUAAUAUUUUACAAGACUCAUUGAUGGACUUGGAGCAAGAAAAUUUGGAAAAUGAACAUCUUCUAUCUUCGGAAAAUAAAAUGUCGCCUAAACCUCAAAAAACAAGUCCAUCGCCUACAGGAUCUAUACCUAAGAAAAGUCCACCGCAUCACACUGUCCCAUUAGUCGUGAGCACGGUAGCUCAAUUACAAAAAUCUACAACUACGGUACCUCAUCUUUCUCCUUUAUCCAAGCCUACAGAGCUUACAUCAAACGUGGCCAACGUAUCGCAUCAGUUGAGAACAUUACUUUCUUCUUUACAAACAAAUCAUUCUCAAAACUGUACAACCAGUCAACAACCUACUAUCGUUACUAUGGUAUCUUCGGUCGUUUCAGCGCCGAAAGUAGGAACGAUCUUAUCCACGAGUACAUCUUCCUCGAAUUCUGUUAAUAAUACGCAGCCUAAUUCGAACCUUCGUUUGCAGACAUGCAUGACCUCGUCUCUUCAUGCAAAUACAAAUAAAACAGAUAUUGAAUGUACCACUACUACAUACACUUCACAGGGUAAAGAAAGUACAAACUCUACAGUCAGCGUUAUUUCAAGUCAUUGUAAAGUAACAACUUCUGAACAAUUUCUACGAGUAACUUCAAGUGGAAUUCAAUCCCAAUCAACAAAUUGUCUUACAUCACAAACAUCUUCUGUAAUAACUCCUAGACAACCGACUAAUACUGGUAUAUCUAUUACCUCAAAUGCAAUGUUAAAUGCUAUGUUAGCUGGUACAAAUUCAGCAAAGCCAACGAUCGCUGGACACAGAGCAAAUACUGUCCCUACGCAGGCCAGUAAUUUAUUAAGUUCAGUUAUGCCACCAUCGUCCGUACAAAGAACGCAAAAUCUGCAAGCGAUAUUGCAAGUAAGCUCAAACAGUUCGUCGAUACCUUCUCGCAUUGCCGCUAAUUCUACCUCGACGGCGAUAAGUACAUCUAUGCAAUGUGUAAGAACCAUUGUACCACCUACAGUAACAUCUAGUACAAGUAACGUUAGCGUCACUACCAGUAUAUUACAAUCCACAUUGUCUCAAACUUCAACACUCUUACAAGCUCAACAUAGUUCUGGGCAAUCUCAAUAUAAAACUGCAGGUCUCUUACCUAUUGACAAUAAAAAUAAUGAACUAGAGGGAUUAAGUCAGAGUUCUGCUGGGAAGAAAGAACAAGAUGAGACAAGUUCUAAAAUGCAAACGAGUAUUGACAAAACAGUUACGACAAGAAACGAAUUAGAAAUUGGUAAAGGUAGCUUAACAACAAACUCUCACAGAAUGGAGGAAUCUCAGAAUGUAUUGUUGAAACAAUUAUUGCAAAAUACGGCAUGUGCGACAACAACAUUGCCAGUUAGUAGCUCGCAAGGACCAAGUCUGCCUUUAGUACCAUCAUUGGAAGCACAAUUGGCAAGGCCAGUUCCACCUACUCCAUCCUUCCUAUUACCACCUAUGCUAAAUGAAACACCAACUACCAAAUCUCCUGCUAAUAAACAAGUUCUUACUAGGGAGACUUCGUUUCUGUCGCAUUCGGUCACUCCUCUUAAAGUCCAAAGUCCACCGACGAAAGAAGAACCUCCGAAGCCGCCACCGCCGCCGCCACCACCACCCCCACCACCGUUAGCAACAUCUACACCGACUCUCACGCAACAACGAUCCGUUGAUACAAUGGUAAAGCAACAAACGACAAACCAGACAUCAAAAACUGUGUCUACAACUACACAGGCAAAUCAACAACCCACAGUUGCUCCAGCUGUGAAACAAGUAGCACCAGUGUCAGCAAAAAAUUGCGAAGCGAUGUCUUCUUUGCAACAGGAUACUAAUACUAGCCAAACUCAGAUAAAAACAUCGAAUGAUCCUGCUAUCACAAAUACUACUCAAGUUCAACAGCAACGUGCAUCAACGCCUAUGAUAGUUUCGAGAAUGGUUACACAAACGAAGCCCAUAGCUACGACUGUACCUGCAAAAAUUACGCAGGCUAUAUCACAAACUUCAAAUAACGUUCACGUUACACAACAAGCCCCAUCAGUUACACCCCCUCAGACUUUACAGUCUCAACCUCUAUUGCCAGUAACUCAAAAAUCUAUAGCUACAUCACAACAAUCUACACAUAUUAGUUCAGUACAGCCAUCAGUGCCUCAUACAGUGCCCCAUUCUAUGGGUCAUCAAUCACAGAUGUCACAGGGUGCAAAUGCACAACAUUCAGUGCCUUUAGUAGAAGUCAAAAAAGAGAUUCUCGAUGAAGUUCUGUCCAGUGGUACACCUACCCAGUUAACCGAUACCAAAGACUUUCUUACUGCCAAAGAGGAGCUUAUAGAUGGAUCUAUGGAUGAUAAAACUGAUCUCAAAAAGUUAAGAAGGCGUCAGUAUCAGCAAAAACGUAAACAGAGUCAAGGCAAGGACGCAACAGCGGUACCUCAAAAGAAACGAUGUAGAAAAGUAUCGCGAUUAGACGAAGAUUAUGACACGUUUAUUGAUAAUUUUAUGAUUCAAUUACGGCAACUUCAACCAAUGGCAGUGUUGGAACCUCUAUUAGGGAGAAAUUAUGGUGUUUGUCCUAUUUUUGGUUCAGGAGAAUUAUUAAAAAUCGUAAGCCAAAAAGAUUAUAAUACCAGAACUGGAGAUUUAAUUGGUUCAUAUGGUUCUGCUAAUAUACCUGGUGUCUCCGAUCAUUAUAAUACUCAACCUUUUGGUGAAUUAGAACCAUUACCUCCUCAACAACCUAUUUCUACACAGAGAGGAUUUUACGACCAGGAAUUUCCACCUCUUAAACUGGAUGAUUCUGAUGAAAAGAAAGAAAAUUCCUUGGUAACGAAUCGUGAUAUUGAUUCUCCUGAUACGAUAGUAAGUUCGUCAUCCCCAGAAUGCGUGAUACCAGAGUUCAUCCCUCGCUUCCCAGGAUUAAGAUUAAUCGAAGAAGAGUCAGACGAAGAAUCUGAUUGGUUGAAACGAGUAUCACCUGUUAUACCUUUAAUUUCUCCUAUACCAAUUAGACUUAAACCUACCUAUAUAAGAGAUACAACCAAACAAGAUAAAGAAAACUUAGGAAUUCCAAGGCUUGGAAAAUCUCCACCAACACCAUUAAGGGAGAACGGAAAUGUUACUGUUACCUUGACUUUGAACAGUCAGGCUGCAGAUGAUAUAAUGGGUGUACUUAAAGAUUUGGCAAAUAUACUAAACAUAGCUCCUCCAACUGGUUACCAGAUAGUAGAACGUACCACUACUCCUCCUAGUCAAAAAUUAGGACUUUACAGAACUAAAGGGAAAGAUGGCAAAGAAGGAGUUGGACCUGUUGAGAAAAGAAAUAAGCUAAACUUUUUAUUUAUAGCACCAAUUGACAUACAGAGUAUUUUGAAUGGUGCUGCCAAAUUCUGUCGUCAUUGUGAUGUUGUGAUAUUAAAUAGCUUAAUAAGAAAAAAAGUGUCAGAUUUACCAUUUUUGAGUAAGGAAGAAGCAGAACCCGGUGACGAAUUAUGUUUUUGUUCAGCAGCAUGUUACAUGCAGUUUGCUCUAAUGCACAGGACACCUACGAACACGCAAGAAAAAGCUGCGACAAUAGUAGAUCAUUUGUGUCAAAAGGUAGAUCCCAAAGUAAUAGAUGAUGAUUUUAAGAAGAUGCAAGAGAAAAAAUUUUCACUUAAGCAAUCUAUCGAUCACGUGGAAAGUAUGGAAGUCGAGCCUGAAAGUAAAUCGGAUGUUAGAAUCAAAAUUGAGGAGGAAUUCGAAAUGCACGAUAAUAAGGAAGACUUAUUGGAGGAAAAGCGACCAAAGAAGCAUGCUGCCCUCGAGGAACCGACUAAUGAAACGAGUGAACCACCUCCGCCUGCGAAAGUAUGGAGAGGUUUAAAAUAUAAAACUUGGACUAUGGGCGCGAUACAACCUGCAACUAAAUAUAAAAAACCCACUGACAAGGAAAUUACCGAUAUGCUUUUCCGUAUGGGUGUGACCGUGAUACCUGCAAAAGCAGAAGACAGCCGCCGAUGCAUGUUUUGCCAAAGCCAAGGAGAUGGUACUGCCGAUGGACCAGCUCGAUUACUUAAUUUCGAUGUUGACAAAUGGGUGCAUCUGAACUGUGCAUUGUGGUCCGAGGACGUGUACGAGACGGUAAACGGUGCAUUGAUGAACUUGGACACUGCUUUACAACAUAGCCUUGUACUAAAUUGUAUCGUUUGCGAGAAACCGGGGGCUACGGUGAAGUGUUUUAAAAUGCGUUGUACGAACGUUUAUCAUCUUGGUUGUGCGGUCAAAGAUGGUUGCGUAUUUUAUAAGAAUAAAAGCACUUACUGCUCGCAGCAUGUACAGAAAAAUGAGAAGGAUAACGAAUUGACAACCUUGUCCGUAUUUAGAAGAGUUUAUGUAAAUCGUGACGAGAAUAGACAAGUCGCAGCGGUGAUGCAUCACUCUGAGCAUAAUCAUCUACUCAGAGUAGGAAGUUUAAUUUUCUUAAGCGUCGGACAGUUACUUCCUCAUCAACUCGCUAAUUUCCACACGCCUAAUUACAUAUAUCCGGUCGGUUACAAAAUCGUACGAUUUUAUUGGAGCAUGAGAAGGCCCAACAAACGUUGCCGAUACGUAUGUUCUAUCCACGACGUUUCAGGACGACCCGAGUUCAGGGUAUUAGUACAGGAACCAUUGCAAGAAGAUGUCGAAUUACGUGAUGCUACGCCAAGAGCCGUUUGGAGUCGAAUCCUCGAGCCUCUUGCUGAACUUCGUAGGUCGACACACAGUGUCCAAUUAUUUCCACGUUACGUUUCUGGCGAAGAUCUUUUCGGGCUUACGGAACCAGCUGUAGUACGAGUUCUUGAAAGUUUACCUGGCAUCGAAACCCUAACAGAUUAUAGAUUCAAAUAUGGACGCAAUCCUUUAUUAGAAUUACCUUUAGCUAUUAACCCAACUGGCAGUGCAAGAACCGAAGCCCGAUUACGAAAUCAACUACCUUGGAAACGACCUCACACUCAACGAACUGGCUCUUCGGCUCGAGCUAAUUUUGUACCGACUGCCACGGUAGCUGGUGAAGUUGCUUGUCCAUAUUCGAAACAGUUCGUACAUUCGAAAAGUUCGCAGUAUAAGAAGAUGAAACAGGAGUGGCGAAAUAACGUUUACUUAGCACGUUCCAAGAUUCAAGGUCUUGGUUUGUACGCCGCGCGUGAUCUUGAAAAACAUACGAUGGUCAUCGAAUAUAUAGGGGAAAUUAUACGAACUGAAUUAGCUGAAACCAGAGAAAAGCAAUACGAGGCUAGGAAUCGUGGUAUUUAUAUGUUCCGAUUAGACGAGGAAAGGGUCGUUGAUGCAACCUUAUGCGGUGGACUUGCCCGAUAUAUUAAUCAUUCUUGCAAUCCCAAUUGUGUCGCUGAAAUUGUUGAAGUCGAGCGUGAUCUCAGAAUUAUCAUAUUUGCAAAACGAAGAAUCUCACGUGGUGAAGAGCUGGCAUACGAUUAUAAAUUUGAUAUCGAAGAUGACCAGCACAAGAUAGCAUGCGCAUGUGGUGCGCCUAACUGCCGCAAGUGGAUGAACUAAAAAAAUCAGUCCACUGUUGUUAUUGUUACUACGUUAUUGGGUAGGUUUUACAUGAAGAAAAAAUUAUAUAUGUAUAUGUAUAUAUACACAAACACACACACAUAUAUAUAUAAACAAAGCUGUUAUGUGUAUAUAUAUAUA